GCGAAGCCCCACGCGUACAGUAACCCCAAACACGACCCACCACCAACAGGACAAAUCUCCAUUAAAAAAAUAAUCCCAUAGCCUUCUCCUCCCUUUCUUCUCCACACCCCGGUCUUCUCUGUCCCAGCACCGAACAGAUCAUCAGGUAUAAACAUAGAGGGAAAUAAGAGACAAAAAAGAGAAAAAAGAGGCGGAGAAACGCGCGCGCGCCGAAGGUGGCAUGAGUACUGGAAGUACAAGCAGCAGCGGAGGGGCCGGAGGAAGCGGCGGAGGUUCCGGAGUUGGUGGCGGAGGAGGCCCGUGCGGUGCGUGCAAGUUUCUUCGAAGAAAGUGCGUCAGCGGCUGUAUCUUCGCUCCUUACUUCGACUCGGACCAAGGAGCGGCGCACUUUGCGGCCGUGCACAAGGUGUUCGGUGCUAGCAACGUGUCGAAGCUGCUGCUACACAUCCCGGCGCACAAGCGCCCGGAUGCGGUGGUCACUAUCUGUUUCGAGGCCCAGUCGCGCCUCCGCGACCCCGUUUACGGCUGCGUGGCACACAUCUUCGCUCUUCAGCAGCAGGUUGUGAGCCUUCAGGCCGAGCUGUCUUACUUGCAGUCCCACCUUGCAACGCUGGAGCUGCCCACACCCCCUCCUCUACCACCGCCGCCACUCCCCCAAGCAAAUGCCUUCUCAAUGCCGGAGCUCCUCUCCUCAUCGAACCUCCCAUCUCAUUCCAACCUUGACCUAUCGUGGCUCUUCGACCCCCAGUUUCAAAUGCAGCAGCAGAAUCGACCAGCAGAGCUCCGGCAGCCACAGCAACUCGAACGUAGCGGUGAAAGGCAGGUGGGAGAGAGCUCCGGCAGUCACGGGGGAGGAGACCUGCAGGCAUUAGCUAGGGAACUAAUCGAAAGACACCGUUCAUCGUCAUCCGAUCACUCAUCCAAGCUGCCCAAGUAAAAAUCAAUCGCCACCCAUCUAUGAGACUAAUAGUAGUAAUGGUGUAGUAGUAACUAAUUAUCCUUCAUUGCUAAAAAGCUCCUUUUUUUUACUUCUAUCUCAUGAAAUCAUGUGUUGCAAGAAUAAAAUGUUACUGUUUUACCAUUGCCUUUUCACUUUUACCCAAAAUAUGGAGUACUCGAGGCUUGCUCACCGUUGAACAGUGAAGUGACUGUGUCGCUGUCCGAGAAGUACUUGGGAAUUUUUUCAUAUUAGAUUGAGGCAAUAAUGGGGAACAGAUAACAAUAAUCAUUGCCCAUUGAAAGAGGAAAAGGGUUUUUAUUUGACCAGGAGUAUGUUUAUUUGAGUUGCUUCUCCCACCUUAAAUUCGGGAUGUAUGUUCAUUCAGCAGCUGGGAACAUAAAGGCAAGCAGGCCCGGCAAGCGAUCAUUCAUUUUGUUAGUCUUUUCGGUGAUUCCU